GAGUCAAAAUCUUUACACGAGUCUUUACUACGAACGUAAAAUGUCCCUAUAUGAUAUAUUUUAACUUUAGUUAGACAUAAAUAACUAUUUAAUGUACAACAUAUAAUGUGUUUUAAAUAUUAAAUUUGGGAAUUUUAUAAGUUAAUAUUUAGGUUAUGUGAUUGCUUAUGCACUAUAUUUGUGAAAAUAAAAAUUAUAUAAAUAUAUAAACAUUUGAUUUUUAUUAUUUAUUUAAAUUUAAAAGAAAAAUGGUAUUUUUAACUGCACAAUUAUUUGUGAGAUGUCGGGGUCCUGAUGAAUUCUGGCGAAAACGACAAAUAUUCAAACUCGCUGCGCAUUAUAUUGGAAGGAGAAGAAAUUGCUAUAGCUUAACUAUUAAAAGUGUACAUAGAGCACUGCAAUUUUCUACAAUAGGAAGAAAACUUAAAAAACAAAAUAUGAAAGAGCUUUGGGAAACUAGAAUAGAUGCUGCUACAAAUGAACAUGGUAUUGGUUUAAAAGUGUUAUUAGAAGGAUUAAGUAGAUGUAAUGUAUUAUUAAAUCGCAAAUCAUUAGCAAUUUUGGCUAUUUGGGAACCACGAACAUUUAAAUGUUUAUCUGAUAUUGCUUGUGCAAAGGCAAAACUUGGAGGUGAUCCAAAAGUUGCCAAUAAUUCUAUGCCUGAAAAUGUUAUGAUUAAAGGAUUAGUUGAUGAAUUAGAUUAAAAGGUUAAAUAAAUUGUGAAACUUACA